GAUUGCUAUUCGCCGCCCCUUUUUACUUAGCACCGCACAGGCACAUUACAUAUUUGCCCUUUUCACAUUUUCAAUAGAAAACCAAUUCAUAAAAAAAAAACUAAAUCCUCUCAACUCAUUCAACUUUUCACAAAUUCAUAUUUUACGAAAAUGUCGGAUUUGGAACGAGAUAGAAAUCGACAACCUCCGGGCAGAAAGCGUAUGGGGAAGACGUUUUUGGCCCCAGAAUUAGGGGGAUCGGGAGCCCGUCACGUUACGACGCGUAAAGUUUCUGCCUCGGCUCGACGGAAGAAACAAGCGCAUACUUCUCCCGAUGAGGUCCGCAUUUCUGUUGAGGAUCUUAGAGAGUCUGAUGAUUUUGUGAGCUCAGAGGACGAGCCAGAGGACGAGCCAGAGGACGAGCCAAGUGAAAAAAUUUACAUUUCUAAACGGAAAAAGGGUGCAGGUGGUCGGUUCGUUGGCGACUCGUCAUCAGGGUCGAACAGACGACCUGAAGAGGUUGACGUGUGGACCGUUACUGGUCCAGUACCUGGUGGACCCGAGGAUGACACUGUUAUUCCUAGUUUUCUCGGGCAUGUCGCUUCUCGGCUAUGGGAUGGGGCGGACAGAGGCGUGCUGAAGUGUCAGACUAGACAUGGAGCUCUGAAGAAGCUGAGACAGUGGUAUGAGACGGCCUCAGAGGAGGUUAAGGUGCUGAUAGACGGGACUGAGAUAUCACAUCUCCCGUUUAUCAUGUUUGAUCAUCUGGAUAUCCCGCUCCUUUCUGCAUUUGUGGAGCGAUGGCAGCCAGAUACAAACUCUUUUCACAUGCCAUUCGGGGAGAUGACCAUCACAUUACAUGACGUGUGGCAUAUUCUUCGGAUUCCAGUUGCUGGGGCUAUGAUUUCAGGACUUCCCUGA